AUGAACACCACAAUCCCAGCCAUUCGCAGCAGCGAGCCUCUCUGUCCCCUGGACGAGCGGCGAACAAAAUCUCAGUUGCUUGUUAAGCUCUUUGUGGUCCACUUCACAACAAUAGGCGCCUUCUUCCACCUUCUCAACCUCCGCGGUGAAUACCUCCUAAACCUUAGACCAGUCUUCUAUAUCUGCGCACCCCUGGUUUUCAUCGCCCAGCAUGUGAUCGCAGCUGCGACGCUCAUCAUGCGCAUCCCGCUCGUCUGCAUCAGGGACCUGAGAUACCCAAGCAUCGAAACAGACCUGAUCCGUCCUGUGGAGUCGCUAAUCGCGCAAUUUAAGGAGCCAUCAACAGAGACAGGGCAAGAGUCACAAUCAGAGUUAGGACAAAUUAGAGAGAGUCCUCAUAAGUUCGGGGAAAGAGCUCUCAGGCGCCUCGGGAGAGCCCUCGUCACCAUUGCAUUCCUUGUCCAGUGCAGCCUCUCGCUCCUCCUAUACCACCGCAGGAAGACACACGGGCCUGACUCCAUCGCCUUGAUCGAUGAGAAGGUUUUCCAGCUCGCCGCGAGUGGAACCUUGGUCGGCCUCCUGACUCUCGGUGUCACGCUGCGAUUUCCAGGCUUCAGACCUCCAAAACCCGCUCGGAGCCCCGUGAGUACCAUAAUCCAGAGAGUCAUGAUAUGCUUGGGGCACCGUCGCGCCCCCAUACUAUCGCAGAGUCCGGACACAACCAUGAGCCCUGUCGUCUGCUUCUUCGCGCUUUCAAUAACAUCCUGCCUGAUCCUUCACGCAAGUGGGAGGAUUCACCCCAUCCAGGAGUUUCGCGGUCUGUUAGAUUCCGGCCACACGCAGAGAUGCCCCGGCGGCGGCCUGGUAUUCUAG